AUGUGGACCGGGUACACACCCACGCCCACUGCCCAGUACACACCCACGCCCACUGUCCAGUACACACCCACGCCCACUGUCCAGUACACACCCACGCCCACUGCCCAGUACACACCCACGCCCACUGUCCAGUACACACCCACGCCCACUGCCCAGUACACACCCACGCCCACUGUCCAGUACACACCCACGCCCACUGUCCAGUACACACCCACGCCCACUGCCCAGUACACACCCACGCCCACUGUCCAGUACACACCCACGCCCACUGUCCAGUACACACCCACGCCCACUGUCCAGUACACACCCACGCCCACUGUCCAGUACACACCCACGCCCACUGUCCAGUACACACCCACGCCCACUGCCCAGUACACACCCACGCCCACUGCCCAGUACACACCCACGCCCACUGCCCAGUACACACCCACGCCCACUGUCCAGUACACACCCACGCCCACUGCCCAGUACACACCCACGCCCACUGCCCAGUACACACCCACGCCCACUGUCCAGUACACACCCACGGACUCAUUAGGUGUAACAAUGGUACAGUAA